CCUGAAAGCUUUUGACCGGGAAGUAAAUGAAUUUGUGGACUAUAUGUUUGGACCUCGAGAUGCCAGGGUCAGAGGAUGGUUCCUUUUGGACUCUUACCUUCCCACGUUUUUCCUCACUGGAGCAUACCUACUCUGCAUAUGGCUGGGCAACAAACUCAUGAAGGACAGGCCUCCUUUCUCUCUCAGGGCUCUCCUUAUUGUUUAUAACCUUGGGAUUACACUGCUCUCUUUAUACAUGCUUAUAGAGCUCAUCCUUGCCACAUGGGAAGGAGGAUACAACUUGCAGUGCCAGAACCUCCACAGCGCAGGGGAGGCUGACAUCCGGGUAGCCAAGGUGCUGUGGUGGUAUUAUUUUUCCAAAGUAAUUGAGUUCAUGGACACUAUCUUCUUUGUACUGAGAAAGAAAAGCAGCCAGAUCACCUUCCUUCAUGUGUAUCACCAUGCCACUAUGUUUAACAUUUGGUGGUGCGUUCUGAACUGGAUACCUUGUGGGCAAAGUAAGUCUCUGCUAGCUUCGUCACCUGGG